CGGGGGCCACCGCUUCGCAAGCAAUCUGCGCCGGCGCCCAGACGUCGCGCGCAACCCACCAAAUGAGGGCGACCGGCUGAGCAGCUGAAAUGGACCGCGCGCGGCAGCGGGCGCCAUAUCCAAACGCAUCAGCAAGGACGCAGCGCGCCGCCCUACGGCGCUCCCAGCGAGCCAACCAAAGAACCCGCCCCCCGCCGCCCGGGCGGGUUUGCCCGCCGCGGCCGGCUUGAAUGUAUGAGGCCCCCCAUGUUUUGGGCCCGCCGGCCAUUGCAGGCCGCCAGCCGGCAGGCCCGCCCGCCAGCGCGCGCCCGCAUGCCGGACGGCGGCCAGCCAGCAAGUGAGGCGGGCCCGCUCCAGGGCCCUUUCUUUGUAUGUUCUCUUUUCCGCAUACUAGAUCUCGCCGCAGCAGUGGCGCCCUGCCUCCCCCCGGCCUGCGUGGCUCGCCGAUGUCAGGAAGCAGGGAGGCCGCCUGCCCGGAGGCCGUCCGUGGCGAAGGCCCGGCGCGGGCCCGGGCAUUCUUUUGGCGGUUCUUCUCGGGCGCGGGUUCGUGGGUGUUCUUCCCCGCGCAGGUCGGGGCGCCGCCCUUGCGGUUGGUACGUAGGCUCACUGAAAAAUGAGCGUUGCUCGGGGGCUGGGAGCUCGAAUACAGACCCGGGGGCCUUCGGGUGCGAGCCAGCGCGACGAAAUUCUUCGGCACCGCUUUCGUACGCUAGAUUGGUUGCGGAGCAGGAAGCCAGUCCGGAUGUAGAUUGGUUCCCGGCCUCGUCUAUGAUUUUUUUUCUGGGUGUGCCAGUAUUCUUUCGAUGUGCUGUUCGAUGUCAGGAGCCCGAGAGCGUGGAGGAGCAUAGUAAGUAGGCAUCACAUGAGAGCGUCUGGUCAAAACAUUGAAGAAGAGGAACUACGAUGGAAAGGGAUGAGGUAGGUCGCCGCGAGUGUAACAUGGUAAGCGCGCAAAACCAGUAGAACAAAGACAAAUCCUUAAACGACCACGAGGUGUGCAGUUUGUCAGUUUGAACGGAGCGACUUUCAGCUGGAGGCAAAAGGUCCUGGCUUUGAAGUCCUGUUUCCUCACCUGUGUUGUCUUCCCCUUUCAAAUACGCAUGUUAUUAACCUCCAGGUCUAACCCUAUUCGCCCCUUACACUUCAAUAUCAAUAUUAGUUUUAGUCCCAUUAAGUUUUCUGUUUGUUGCGACUCUCACUCUGUCUAUCCGUAUGUGCCCGUACACGGACCACGUCAAUGUGCGCUCCCUCCAUGCUGUCAAUGGACGUUGACCAGUAGCCUAGAAGUAGAAGGCUCACACACUAUCAUACAUGCAGAACAAGUUUUCGUGCGGCACUUUCGGGCGACCAUUUUCUUCAUCGUCUGAUUCUCAAUUCUAUUGUUGCCCUACCGCCCCCAGUGAAGAUUUACAAAUAAACCAUCGACCCAGGAGCCCCGACAUCAAAAAAUGGUUCGCAUCCUCGCCUCCGGCGACGUGGUCACGG